CUUUACAUAACAAUAGAUUAGCAUUCAAAACUAAGAGGAUUUGGACAAUUGGAAAGAGCUCGAUGGUCAUUCGUUCUAUUCCUGCGAGGUUCCAUGAGUUCCACCGGCAACCUCAGCGGCUAUCACAUACCCCACCUGGCGCCAGGAGACACUGCGAGUGGAGACCUGGACGACCAGUCACUGAGAGGUUCUCCAACACCACCGCCGGUGGUCGGGGCCGAAAACCCACGGCUCCUGGCACCCGGCAAACAGAGUACAGCACCUGGAGGAGAGCCAACGUCAAGUACGAAGUCGACGAAACCACAAAAGCGGAAGGCCAAUGGAGAGGCUACCACCGGUGUGGAUGAUGGCAAGACCCUGGCCCUAUUCCCUGGACGCGACAAGAGCUAUCCAGACGAGCUGAACCGGCUAAUCGGACCGCUGUCCUGCGAGCUGUGCAAGGCGCAGAUGACCUCGCUGAAGUGUGCCCGUGAUCAUUACGAGUCGAAGGCCCACGAUCGGCAUAUCAGCGCUUGGCUGGCCAAGAACUACACGGACGCAGGCCUGCAGGCGCCGCCGGUUAAACGGCUGCUGAAGCAUGGUCCCAGCGGCCCCAACGCCUUCCACUGUGACCUUUGCGACCUAGAUCUCACCUCGACCACUCACGCCCGCCAGCACUAUCAGGGCCGAAAGCACAAGUUGGUGGAGAGUAAGGGCUCGCGACCCUCUGGUGCCGGUUACUACGAUGACGCCGGCAAGUGGGUGCGGACGGGAAGCAAGUUCGAGCCGAAGGUUAGCUCCGAUUCGCGGUAUGGGAUCGGAACGCUGUUCCUGAAGACCGAGACUAAGUUAGCUGAAGACGAAGCAGCAGAGGUAAUCGUGGAAGGAGGAUUACCAGCGGUUGGAGGAGCACCGGUUGCAGUAGUAGCACCAGAGCAGCCUGCCGAGGAUAGCGAACGCUCGUGCAACCUUUGCAAAAUCGUCGUAACAUCCGCCAAUCAAAUGCAGAUGCAUUUGGACGGGGCCCGGCACCAGAGCAAACUGCGCAAUGCAGGUCAAAAGGAACCACCGGAUGUGUCGCCAUCUGUAGCUUCAGCUUCAGCUCCAGAGAAUCCCAAUGGCUUGGAUCUGCUCCUGUAUCGCACACCCACUGGCCAGUACUACUGCAAGUCCUGCAACAAGAUGAUGAACCAUGUGACAACCUUGCAGCAGCACCUUGUGGGGAAGAAGCACUUAAAGACGACAAAGAAUUCUCUACAGGCCGAGAAAACGGCCUAAAAAAAGGUGGUUAAACUGAAAAUAAACAAUUAAUUUAAAUGGCAUUUAGUGUCUUUGGCUAACACGCUAGCUUCAUGCAUAAGUUCUAUCAUAAUGUACCAUCCAAUAUCCCAAAUAGAGCUAUUACAUAGCUUAAAUUUAUGGAACAUGUAACUGUGUUCAAUGAUAUCCGUAUAUAUAAAUAUAUAUAUAACAU